ACGAAACAAUCCACACACAUUGUUUUGUGUUAUGUGUGUAUCUUUCGAGUGCGCGGAAGGCAAAAAUUCCACUCUGUGUAUUGUGUAUAGUUUUCAAUCCACGGAUUUUUCUUUGUUUUGUUUUAGUUGAUUGUUUUUCGAUCGGCCGUUGUGUUUCUGUUUAAUGUUGCUUCUUUCAUCUACUGUUGUUGCAACCAACGCGCAACAAACUCUUACCUGGUUAAUUCAACUUUUAUAUGUACAGAUAUUAUAGGCACAGAUUCGGUUCGAUUUCAAGUAUAUGUGAAUUUCGACGAUGAAAAUAUCAUAAAGAAGAAUGUGAAUGAGAUGUGCUUUCAGUGAAUGUGUGUGAUGCAAAAAAAAAACAACGAAAGAAAAAAAGAAAUCAUUUGAAAUAAAUUUAAUGUAGUGUCUUCGAUGAAUGUAAGAAAAAAUUGAAGUGAAUUACUAUUGGAAAACAUUAAAAGCAGCCGAUCAUAUUUUGUGUUAAUGGUUGAACGGAACAGAAUCAUGUGCAUAUACAAUUUGUUUUAAUCACAUGACAAAUAUCGUCUGGAUGGUCAUAUACAUUUUAAAAUCGAAAGAACAGUGCUAAGGAAAUAAGAUUGAACGUGAUAAAAGGCGAGACGAUGGAAACAGCAACGCAAGAUUCAAACUUUGCCUUCAUCAGAGGUUCUGAUCGUAAAAAUGCCACCAUCAAUCCGAACUACAGUGUGCGUGGAAAAUUACAAAAUCGUCGAUGUAAAUUGAAUAAAGAGAUCAACAAAGAAUUACGUCUUCGCGCCGGUGCUGAAAAUUUAUACAAAGCAACCGAAAAUCAGAAGGUGAAAAAUCGAAUAUCACUCGAACUGAGCUUUGUCAACUCAAAUUUACAGUUGCUUAAGGAGAAACUGUCGGAAUUGAAUUCAUCUGUAGAAAUUUAUCAAAAUGAUAGCCACGAAGUUAUUAUGCCAUUUAUACCAAUAGGAUUAAAAGAAACUGUCGACAUUAAUUUCAUGGAUACCUUUUCGGAACGGAUAAGAGACCAUUAUAAUGAAGAGCCAAAUGUGUAUGCGGACGCAAUAAGGGACAUCACUGAGACUCGUGAAUCGGCACGCACACCAUCCAGAGAUGCUAAUGGAAUCAAUUUGAUAUUUCGAUACUACAAUCUUCUGUAUUAUGUUGAACGUCGAUUUUUUCCAUAUGAUCGAAAUGGUGUCUAUUUCGAAUGGUACGACUCGUUAACAGGUAUUCCGUCAAGUCAACGAACAGUUGCAUUCGAGAAAGCAUGCAUUCUGUUUAACUUGGCCGGUGUGUACACGCAAAUAGCAACCAAACAAGAUCGCAGCACGGAAAAAGGUCUUGACAUUGCCGUGGAUAAUUUUCUACGUGCGGCUGGUAUAUUCAAACAUAUUUGCGAAACAUUUACAAAUGCACCGUCCAUCGACUUGAAGCCACAAUUUUUGGAAAUACUCGUUGCUCUAAUGUUGGCACAGGCCCGUGAAUGCCUCUACGAAAAGUUACUCUUGCAAAUUGAAUCGUUUUCAAUAUCAAACAAAAAUCAUAUUCAUCGUGAUCUGUCGGGUGAGGCUGCACAACUAAUGCUAGAAUAUAAUAAAAUUAACAUGAGCAUCGACACAGAUGCUCACACCUACAUUCCAGAAUGUUGGGCUGCAUUUGUGCCACUCAAAGCAGAAUAUUACAAAGCAUUGGCACACUACCAUGCAGCAAUAAGUAUCGACAUUAAUAAUACCAAAACACAAGAGAACAGCAAACGAGAUGAAUUCCGUCUGAGUAACAACAAUUCAUUCGCUUUGAGUGACCUAACCAACGAUACAGAUGUCAACCCAUGUGCACUGAAAAAGGGACAUAUCAAGGAAUCAAUCACAUGUUAUGAAGAAGCAUUGCGACUGCAGAGAAUGAGCCGAGACUUGAAAAAUAAAGUGUCAUUAACAAAAAUGCUUAAAGAAAGCAGCCUAAAGGCAAUGAUUGAAUCGGAGUGCAUCGACGAAGAAUUGAAAAAUAACGACUUCAAUGAAGAUGACACAUUUGAUAUGAUUGACUUGUCCGUCACCGUUACACCGUCAUCCAAAUUCAUACUAUCACUAACCGACCCGGAUUUCACGGCCUACAAGAUUGACGAUCCAUUCAAGAAGCUUGGACCGCUUGCAAUUUUCUCUGCUAAACGACAUUGGACUGUGCCACGAAGUGUUUGCCUGAAAAAGGCAUCAAACUUAUCAAACAUUGAUUCCGACAAUGUUGUGAAUAGUUUGAUUCGACCGUCAGACUACAGUAGCGAAAGUUGCAGCAGUAGUUCGAGUAUAGUCAGCGAGUGUAGUCACGGCAGUGAUGGACUUACUUUGAGAAAUUUAAACAGACGUAAUAUGGAAUUUGCUGAUGACUACGGAUUUAAAUUGCGUGGAGAUUCUCCCGUUAUAAUUUCAGUCGUCGUAGCAAAUUCACUGGCUGAUCUGGGUGGACUGAAAGAAGGUGAUUUCAUUGUGGAAUUAUCUGGUGUUGAUGUGAAAUGGUAUACACAGCAUCAGUUAGUUAAGCUGAUUCAGAAUUCAAAACAAAGUCUUGAGCUCAAGGUCAUUACGCCAAUCGAUCGAAAUUAUUUGAAGCCUUUGCCAACACCAUCGACGCCUAGUACAACUACAUCAAAGUCAUCGAUAUCGACCAGCCGAUCGACUGGUUCUGCUGAACAUCGCACCAAGAAAAAAGUCUCAAGCGAUAAACAAAUCAGCAGCUGGAAAUUAUUUCGCCGCUCACAAAGUCUAGGAAAACUCUUUUGAAGCCUGGAAAGAAACUAUUUCAUUUUCAUUUUAUAAACACAAAUAGUUUAGUUUUUUUGUCUUAACGGCAUAAGAUAACUCUCAUAAUACAAAGAGUGUAAUGUAAACAUAAGGAAGCUAAUGAUAGAUUAAUCCAAAUAAAUAUAUAUUGAAAGAAUUUGUAAAUCAAAUUUUGUUUACACAUACAUACAUUCGGCGAGAAAAAAACACACAGAAUAAAGAUACAAUUUUGUAUGUACAAAUUUUAAUAAAAAAAUUU